CCUCCUCCUCUGGUUCUCGUAGGCGCUCUCCUUGCUCGUAGCAUGCUCGUACUCGUGGUGUCUUUUGAAUGAAGUGAUGUCGUGAAACUGAAAGUUCGAUCGCGGCUUACGUUGGUAUUGGUUCUCGCCUAGUGUUGCGUGCCUUCUCCAUUGACAAAUGCAGGCAAAGAAAUGACGCCCUGAGACGCUGUGCUACGCAGUAUCGUUCCGAUCCGCUGUUGACAAGUGCGGGGAGCCGGCGGCGGGCGUGCUUGUCACAAUGGAAGCCUGUGCGCCCACGCUCGGCACUGGGGAGUGCGUGGAUGAGAAUGAGCUACAGGAGUUCGAGGACUACGAAGCCGUCAUGGACAUGAUUCGUAAAGUUGCGAAAGGCGGCCUCGCCGAACGCGAGGUCGAGCACCUGCUAGACGUGUUUAAGAAAACUUUCGACAAAUAUCUCGAGCAGCCGUACCUCUUGGACGCUCACUUGGCGGAGAUCGUGCAGGCCCUGGUGAAACCCGUCAAGUCUCCGGACUGCACCGACGAUGUCCUGCACGCGUGCAUGGGCUUCCUCGUCGUAGUGACCAAAGUUCGCGGACACAAAGUAGUCGUCACUCACCUACCUCACGAGCUGUCAGACAUAGAACCCGUCCUUGCCCUGUUGGAGAGAGAUAUUGUGUUACGUCCAACAACGUACAUGCUGCUGCUCUGGCUUGGUGUGUUGUCCAUGGUGCCUUUCCAGCUCUCCCGCCUUGACUCUGGCGAUUCAGGAGUGAAACCCGUGGCCCAAAGGAUAUACGAGGUCAUGAAGGCCAACCUCACUGCCGUUGGCAAAGCAAACGAUGCCUCCAGCUUCUUGAGCGCCCAUUUCAUUACCCGACCCGACAUCAAAGACAUCUACUUUGAUGACUUUGUGGUCUGGCUGCAGAACCAAAUUGACCUGGAGAAAGAGGUGACAACGACAAACGUACUGUCAGCGCUCGCCAUGAUUUUCAAGAUCGCCAAGCGAGAUGUCGUCAUGAAGCAUGCCCACAGCGUAAUGAACGUGCUGGCUGAAAAGAAGUUAUUUCAGUGCAAUAACUUUCUCAUUGAAAAGCUUGCAUUGAAGCUGUGUCAAAGGAUUGGCCUCUGCUUUCUUCCUGUCAACCUCGCUUCAUGGAGGCACUUGAGAUGCGUUAAGAAACUGUCGCAGACCGUGCAAGAGAACGGUCCUUUGUCAGAAGCGGCCUUCCCAGCCGUGCAGGAGAAUGGAGAAGUAGACGUCCCGGAAAUCGUUGAAGAGGUCAUCGACAAGCUCUUGGAGGGCCUUGAAAAUUGCUCUCUUAACGUCAGAUGGUCAGCUGCAAAAGGCAUGGGCCGUAUUGCGAGCAGGCUUCCGAAGGAGUUUGCCUGUGAGGUUGUCUCCUCGGUAUUCUCUGUAUUCGAGAGGCAAAAAAGUGAGAGUUCACUUCAUGGGGCGUGCCUCGCCUUAGGUGAACUUGGUCGUCGAGGCACCCUGCUUCCCGAGCAGCUGCCCAAUGUGGUGUCUUCCGUGUUGCCUUGCAUUGAGUUUGAUGAACAGCUUGGCAAGCAGUGCUUUGGCCGUGUGGUUCGUGAUGCGGCCUGUUACGUCUGCUGGACCUUGAGCCGCUCGUACGACCCCUCUCACCUGGCGCCGUUUGUGAAUGCCGUUGCUUGUGCCCUUGUCUGCAUCACUCUGUUUGACAGAGAGGUCAUGUGCCGUCGCGCGGCUGCCGCGGCGUUCCAGGAGUGUGUGGGAAGGCUCGGCACGUUUCCGCACGGCAUCGAAAUCAUCACCGUGGCCAACUACUACUCUUUGGCGCUAGUGCAAAACUGUUAUCUCAGUCUCAGUCUGCAGGUUGCCAAGUUCAUAGAAUACACGCAGCCUCUCAUCUUGCACCUCGUGGAGAAGAGGUCGGGCUACUGGGAUCCCCACAUUAGGACGCUGUGCUCGCAAGCGCUGUUCAAGCUCACCGUGGGCGAUCCCGGCUUCGUGAGGGAGACCUGCGUGCCCAAACUCUUGGCCACAUUGCACAGCCGAAACCUGAACUCCAGACUGGGAGCCCUACUGUCUCUCGGGGAAAUCGUGCACUCGCUUUGCGAGCUGGGCAAGAAGAGGGGUGAAAAUGUCUACGAUGCCUUGGGUAUCGACACUGUGGAAGCAAUGAAGGAGCUGGCCUCGAAGUACAUAGAAGACAAAGUUUUUCAAGUUCCUGGAGGAGAUUCAAUGAAGGAAGCAUUUUGCCUGUUCAUAUACAAGCUGUCCAGUGUUAACUUUCCUGUUCACCAGUCAAGGCCUAUUCUUGAAAAGUGGCUGUUUGUGAUAACCCGUUGCCUUCUUCGUGACGAAGCCAGCCUCAGGAACAGUGCCUGUAUGGCGUUGUCGCCAUUCAUAGAAGAGUACUGCAAGGAGGAGAUUGAGUUUUGUGACAAACUCGUCACGAACUUUCUUGAAGAGCUGAACUCUGGAACAGAAGGAGUUUGUUGCAACUUUGCGCAUGCACUUGGAUUUCUGCCAAGGUUUGUUUGCAGGAAAUACUGCGAAGAAAUUCUCGCCGGACUCAUGGUCAAGGCAACAAGAAAGGGUUCGGAAUACAUCGACUCCAAAACCGAGGCCGUGCUCUCCUUGGCGCGUGUUUGUGUCACAGCUGGAGUCGAGGAAGGAGGCGUAACUUUGUCCCAAAUUGAAGCCGUACUUGACAUCUUAACGCAAGGGAUAGAUGACUACACGCACUGUCCGAAAAGGGGAGAUGCAGGAGCAAACGUCAGGAGGGCCUGCAUGAUGGCAUUUAAGGAGCUGAUCUGCUACCUUGCAUCAGUGGCACCCAGUUCUAUUCCUGAAGCACCGGUCAAAACUUUGGUGUGUGCCUUAGCUCAGCAGAGUGUGGAGCCUGUGGAUAACGUGUGCCGCCUGGCGAUAACGACUUUCAUUGAACUGCUGUACAACGUGCCCGAGAUACCGUACAUUCCCCAACUAGAUGAAGCACGCAAGAUCCUGCCAGCCGACCUGGCAAGCAUUAUCAACCUUCGGCAAGCCAAGGAGACGUUCCCCUACUGGAGCCGGAUGCUUAUGCUCGACUCGUACCGUCAGUCUCUGCUGAAGGGCUUCCUCGUCAGUGUUGGCGGCAUGUCUGAGCAAUUUUUCGUUUCUGGCAAAGAGAUUCUGCUGUCAUUUCUUGGCACGGUCAGACAGGAUCGCACACUUGAAGAAUCGGUGUACGGAUUCCUCAGUUGGACUGCUGAGUGACAAAGCGUUCAUGAAUAGGGCACAGGCAAAGUAUCUCAGAGCCAUGGACCACCUCGCCGUUUCUGGUGCCUUCACUGGAGCUCCGCCUGAAUUUGCUGAGGCGUUUCAGCGGGAGGCCUGGAUUAAAACAUGCAGGUUAAAGUCGUUUCUUACACUGGAGGCCUUGUCAAGCUUCCUUGCCACCUGGCUCCAGUUUGAAGGAGAAGCGAGGAAAAAAGUUCUCACCAAGCUCUUUAAGUUUCUGCAGCAUCCAUGGAGCAAAGUGCGCAAGGCAACUGCACUCCGUCUCUGUGAAUCUCUCAUGCUGUACUCGGUUUUAGAAGAUGAAGAAAAGCUCGAGGAGGCUUGCAGGCUUCUCACCGAGGUUGACUGGAAUGGCAGCGAGGUUGACACCUCCGUAGAAAGGCUGAGGGCGCUAUUUGGCAUAGAAAACAAGAGCUAGUAAAGAACUGCGCUCAUUGCUUAGCUUCUCGCGUGUUCUGUAAAGCUUGUGAAGUUUUUAUUACUUAUUUAAUAAAUAAUACCAAAAUCUUGUAA